UUUUCGAAUAAUCCGAUGACAUUUGUAUCGAAAUGAAGAAAAAGUUUGUUCAAUAUUUCACAUCCAAGAAAUUGAAACCAUUGGCUUCAGAGGUGCUGACGAACUAUUUAGUGCAGACGAAAGAGCCACCGUGGACGUCAUAUUUUGUGCGAUACGCGGAUGUGCGCAACGACCAGCGCAGCAUGUCGCACUUCAAUUGGCCCGUGGGCAGCAGUAACUAUCACGUAUUACGCACCGGAUGCUUCCCCUAUAUCAAGUACCACUGCAGCAAACGACCCUAUGAGAACCUCGACUUCGACGACAAGUUUUUCAAGGCUAUCAAGAUCCUGAACCUCGGUGUGCCAACAAUGAUGUAUGGAUUAAUAGCAACUCAAUUGAUUCGGCAUUCAGAAACUGUCAAAACAACCAACGGUGAUGUAACAAUUUUCUUUCUGCUGUUAGAAGACAAGAGAUCGCAAUUCUGAGCAUAGACAUAUAACUGAUUUGUUAAGAUUUUAUUGCCAUUUAUUAGUUCAACAAUUAAUAAUAAUACAACCAGAAAA